AUGUAUGCCUACCUGUGGAACCAGCCUGAUGAUGCUAAGACCAUCAUCCUGGAUGAGUUCCCUCUUGCCGAUUUCCGUGACGUACCGCUCGCUCGCUUCACGGACCUGCAGUGCCUGUCCGCUAACGCCUGUGGAUUGUCGUCUUUGCUUGGUUUGUCUACGUUGCCUAACCUGACGUACCUACAGGUCAACGACAACCAGUUGGGUUUCUACGCGGAGAACCCCCGCUUUGAGAUCCUGGCAACAGCGACACCAAACCUGAAGCGAUUGAUUUUAGCCAACAACGGGAUCAGCAGCGUGGAUUUCUUGGAGCCGCUGAAGAACUUGCCCGCGCUCCAUACCGUGGAUUUGUACUGCAACAGCGUUAACCGGACCCACUCCCGUUACCUGAUCCGCGCAAUCCCACAGGUUAUGCGAUGGAGUGGAGACGAUGGCGACGGCGAUAGCGAGAGCGAUGAAGAAAUGAACGAGCCUGAGUCGGACCAUGGCGAGGAGGAGGAGGAUGACGAUGCGUCGAUGGCUGGUUCAGACCGUACUUGGUUGUUGUCGGACGAUGAUGUGGACCACAUCGCGGACUCUGCUUCGGAACCGGAUUUGGAUGAAUUGGCCUCGGAAGCGGACGCGGAUGAGAUCCCGGACUCGGCCUCGGAACAAGAUGGCGACAACCUGGGGAGCGACGACGACGUUGUUAUGCUAAACUAG